GGGAGGGGACAGCUGCGCACAGUUCGCAGAGACGAAGGAGGCGCCCCCGGCUGCAGAGCUGCAGAGCGAGGUCUCUUCUGAAUCUCAGUGUCCCGGUCACAGGCGCGCAUCUGGGCCAGAGGACAGCGCAUCCUUUUGGUGAGGGCCGUCAGGGCCCCUGCGGUCAGCAAGCUGGCUCCCCGUGUGGCCACCGGGACCCCUGAGCCCAAUGGCGGGGGCGGCAGCAAAAUCGACAGCACAGUAGAGAUCACCCCCAGCCCCAACGGACAGGUCGGGACCCUGGGAGAUGCGGUGCCCACGGAGCAGCUGCAGGGUGAGCGGGAGCGCGAGCGCGAGCGGGAGGGGGAGGGCGACACGGGCAGCGAAGGGAUGGGCAGCAGCCUGUCGCUGGCCGUGCCCCCCGGCCCCCUCAGCUUUGAGGCGCUACUCGCCCAAGUGGGGGCACUGGGCGGUGGCCAGCAGCUGCAGCUCGGCCUCUGUUGCCUGCCCGUGCUCUUCGUGGCCCUGGGCAUGGCCUCGGACCCCAUCUUCACGUUGGCACCUCCGCUGCAUUGCCACUACGGGAUCUUCCCCCCCAACACCUCUGGCUGGGAGCAGCCCCCCAACGCCAGCGGCGUCAGCGUCACCAGCGCGGCCCUAGCAGCCAGCGCAGCAACCCGCGUCGUCACCAGUACGGACCCCUCGUGCAGUGGUUUUGCUCCACCGGAUUUCAACCAUUGCCUCAAGGACUGGGAUUAUAAUGGCCUGCCGGUGCUCACCACCAACGCCAUCGGCCAGUGGGAUCUGGUGUGUGACCUGGGCUGGCAGGUGAUCCUGGAGCAGAUCCUCUUCAUCUUGGGCUUUGCCUCUGGCUACCUGUUCCUGGGCUACCCUGCAGACAGGUUUGGACGAAGGGGAAUCGUGCUGCUGACCUUGGGGCUGGUGGGCCCCUGUGGAGUGGGAGGAGCUGCUGCAGGCUCCUCCACAGGUGUCAUGGCCCUCCGAUUCCUCCUGGGAUUUCUGCUUGCUGGUGUUGAUCUUGGUGUCUACUUAAUGCGCCUGGAGCUGUGCGACCCAACCCAGAGACUUCGAGUGGCCCUGGCAGGGGAGUUGGUAGGGGUGGGGGGACACUUCCUGUUCCUGGGCCUGGCUCUUGUCUCCAAGGACUGGCGAUUUCUCCAGCGAAUGAUCACCGCUCCCUGCAUCCUCUUCCUGUUUUAUGGCUGGCCUGGUCUCUUUCUGGAGUCUGCAAGGUGGCUGAUAGUGAAGCGGCAGAUAGAAGAAGCCCAGUCUGUGCUGAGGAUCCUGGCUGAGCGGAACCGGCCCCAUGGACAGAUGCUGGGGGAGGAGGCCCAGGAAGCCUUGCAUGACCUGGAGAACACCUGCCCUCUCCCUGCAACGCCCUCCUUUUCCUUCGCUUCCCUUCUCAACUACCGCAACAUCUGGAAAAAUCUGCUUAUCCUGGGCUUCACCAACUUCAUUGCCCACGCCAUCCGCCACUGCUACCAGCCUGUGGGAGGAGGAGGGAGCCCAUCGGACUUCUACCUGUGUUCCCUGCUGGCCAGCGGCACAGCGGCCCUGGCCUGUGUCUUCCUGGGCGUCACUGUGGACCGAUUUGGCCGCCGAGGCAUCCUGCUUCUAUCGAUGACACUCACUGGCAUUGCAUCCUUGGUCCUGCUGGGCCUGUGGGACUAUCUGAAUGAGGCUGCUGUCACCACCUUCUCUGUCCUUGGCCUCUUCUCUUCCCAAGCUGCUGGCAUCCUUAGCACCCUCCUUGCGUGUGAAGUCAUCCCUACCACUGUCCGGGGCCGCGGCCUGGGCCUCAUCAUGGCCCUGGGGGCUCUUGGGGGGCUGAGUGGCCCUGCCCAGCGCCUCCACAUGGGCCACGGAGCCUACCUGCAGCACGUGGUGCUGGCAGCCUGCGCCCUCCUCUGCAUCCUCAGCAUCAUGCUCCUGCCAGAGACCAAGCGCAAACUCCUGCCCGAGGUGCUCCGGGAUGGAGAGCUGUGCCGCCGGCCUUCCCUGCUGCGCCAGCCACCCCCUAACCGCUGUGACCAUGUGCCACUGCUUGCCACCCCCAACCCUGCCCUCUAAGUGGUCUCUGAGCACCCUGGCGAGAGGUUGGCUAAACCAGAAGGGUGACCUAUGGCCCUGGCAGGGAGAUAGAAAGGACAAGAAAGGAGGCAGGAGCUGAGAAGGCUUGGUGGCACCUCACGCCAGCCGUCUAGGAGAGCUCAGAGGGCUGUCCCUAUCCUGUGUCCUACCUGCUGCUUUGUGUUCACGUCCUCAGUCGGAGUCAGGGGACAGGGAAAGAGCUCCACACGAUAAUCACUGGGUCUGGGCUCCAUCCUGUGCCGCAAAACAUCCUCCCAGACUCAUUCUUUCUUGCUCUAUCAUUCUGUUUCAAUAAAGACAUUUUAAAUAAAUGAGCAUACCAUA